AUGUCUAAUAAAGAAGCUUUAAAAGUAUAUGAUUUAAUUAUAGAGAAUGUGAUUAACGAAGUACGCCAGGAUUUUGAAAAUAAUGGAGUUGAUGAAGACACACUAUUGGAUUUGAAAAAAAUAUGGCAAGAGCAGUUAACUAAAAGUAAAGUCUCUGAAAAUUUCCCAUGGGAUUCCGAGAAUAGUGCUACCACUACUGUAGAUAAUCAAAAUAAAGAUGGAGACGAACCCAUACAGAUUGAAAUAGAGGUUAACGGUAAUAACAAUGUUCCCAAUUCUAUAGAUACUACUACGAAAGAACAAAUGAAAAAGGAGGAGGAAAAUGAAGUAAAUACAAAUAAUGGGGAUGAAAAUGAAAUAAACUCAAAGAAGAGUGAUAAUGAUGCAGAAGGAGGAGAGGAGGAAGCAAAAGCAAAAGAUAAUGAACAAAGGGAGAGCGAAUUAGAAAGGUUAAAAAGAUUAAAACAAAAAGAAAAAGAGGCUAAAAAAACUGCGUUAUUAGAAACAGAUGAGGUUAAUUCAGAUUUAGAUGAUAGUGAUGAUGAUUAUUUAAAUAGUGAUGAUGAAGCUAAUCCAAAUGGUGGUUACAAUGAUAACGGGGAUGGUCCUUCCAGUAAUGGGAAUAUUAUAUUAUGUUUAUACGAUAAAGUCGGUAGGGUUAGAAACAAAUGGAAAUGUACACUAAGGGACGGGUUAGCUUCAAUCGAUGGUAAAGAUUAUGCUUUUCAAAAAGCUAAUGGGGAAUGUGAGUGGUGA